AUGAAUAUGAUUCAGCUAUUUUUAUCUAUAAUCCUAGUAUCUUUAGGAGAUGCCCAACAGGUUAGUAAAUUAUUCGCGGAUGUAAUUAUAAAAUAAUUUGUAUUGUUAUAGAGUAGAUUAUCUUCGACAUCAAUUUCUUCAAUGGGAUUACAAUCGAAUAAGAAAUGCGAGCCAAUUACUAUUCCAAUGUGCAAAACACUAGAUUAUAAUAUGACAGUUUUUCCAAAUUUAUUGGGACAUACAUCACAAACGGAAGCCAAUCCAGCAAUUUCACAAUUUAAUCCACUAAUAAAAGUAAGAACUUUGAGAAUUGAAUCCUCAUUUCAUUUUAUUUUUAAAGGUAAAAUGUUCGGAAGAUAUUCGACUAUUUUUAUGUACAGUUUAUGCCCCAGUUUGUACAGUUCUUGAAAAACCAAUUCAACCAUGUCGAGAUCUUUGUCUAUCAGCAAAAAAUGGCUGCGAAUCUUUGAUGAAAAAAUUCGGUUUUCAAUGGCCCGAUCAAUUAGAUUGUAAUAAAUUUCCAGUCACUGAUCUAUGUGUUGGAAAAAAUUCAUCUGAUUCUUCAAGCGGAAUGAAUAAUCGAAAAACGAAUUCAAAUGAUAUCUCAAUUGGACCAUUAAGUGGAUCAACAAGAAUAUUACCAGUUGGAUUAUGUCCACAACAAAUGCAUACAACUACAGGUUCACAUUUUUAUUUACCAACUCUGAGUGGAAAAUUACCAGAAUGUAGUUUGAAAUGUGAAGCGGAUAAUUUGGUUAGUUACAUUUUUCGGCAUCAUAUUUAAAUAUAGAAAUAUCAAUUUUAGGUGCCAAUGUUAUUCAACAGCCGUGUUCGAAGAAUUCUUCGAAUUUGGACAGCAGCUUGGUCUGUUGCUUGUUGUGUCUGUUCACUUUUCACAUUACUCACAUUUCUUGUUGAUCUCACUCGUUUCGCUUAUCCAGUUCGACCAAUUUUAUAUUUGGCAUUUUGUUAUUUGGCUAUUUCAACAGUUUAUAUGAUUGGAGUUGUUGGCGAAGAUCGUUUUGCUUGUGGUUCUUAUGGUGGAACACCAGUUGAAUUAGUAACACAAGGAGGUGAAAAUGUUGCAUGCAGUGCAUUGGCGGUCACACAUUAUUAUUUCUUUAUGGCUAGUUGUUCAUGGUAAGUUGAAUAUUUACAUUAAAUAUUAAUGGUGUGAAGCGGUUUCUCUAUAGAUCAUUGGAAAACCUCAUUUUACUAAAUUAGGAACGAAUCUAAAAUUAAAACAGAAAAUAGUUAUCGGGAAAUCCGUUUUCCUUUUUAAUAUUUCAUUCAAAAAUGAAAAAAAAAGUUCACUUUUAAUAUUUUUUGUGAGUGAAAGGGUAUUUUUCUUGAACGAAUGUAUCAAACGUUUUGUGAUCACAAUAUUUUCUAUUAUAAAUUCGUAAAAAUAUUGGAAAAUAAACAAAAUGGUUGAGAAAAUCACAUUUUCCAAAUGUAAAAAUGAUUCGUUGCAAAUCGAUGACAGAGAAAUCAUCGAAAAAUCAAUACCCUCCUUCUAAUUUGUUUGAAUAAAAAUUAAUUUUUUAAACUGAAAACGUAUCCUAUUUUUAGGCAUCUUUUUUUUCAAAAACCUUCCUUGUUUCUCCCAUGAAAAGCUAACAGCAAUAUUUUUCAGGUGGUUAAUCCUUUGCCUCGCUUGGUUUUUAGCUGCAAAUUUGAAAUGGGGUGCUGAAUCAAUUGCUGCACUUUCAACAUAUUUCCAUGCUUUUUGUUGGGGAAUUCCAGCUAUUCUUUCGGUUGCUGUUCUCGUUACAAAUUCAAUUGAUGGCGAUGUUUUCACUGGAAUUUGCUCGGUUGGAAAUUUGAAUCCUCAAGCUCUUAUUUAUUUUUUCUUCACUCCAUUGGUUGUUUCACUUGCACUUGGAACUGUUUUAUUGAUUUGUGGAAUUUGGUCGAUGAUUCGAAUUCGAAGUUAUAUUAAAUUACAACACGCUGAUGUUGAAAGAAAUAUUAGUAAAUUGGAAAAACUAAUGCUUCGGUAUGAAAUAUUUGAGUUUUGAAAAAUAAUAAUUUUUGAUUUUUCAGAAUUGGUGCAUUUGCAAUAAUGUAUUUAUUACCAACAGCAAUGAAUGCAUCAAUUAUUUGGUAUCAAGCAACAAAUUUACCUGGUUGGAUUGAAGGAUGGAUUCAUCAUCGAUGUAUUCGACCUUCGGAUCGAGAUAGUUUUGGAUUUUUAUAUCCAAUUGAAGAAUGUUCACCGGAUCCUGGUAUUAAUGCACCAGAAUUGGUUGUGUUUUUUAUGAAGUAAGUUUUUUCUAAACAUUUUGGUCCGAAAAUGGUUUCUAAGAAAAAAUGGGUUCGCAAAUAACAAAAUAAUUUACAGAUAUGUUUCACAACUUGUAGUUGGAAUAACUUGCGCAAUUUGGGUUGUAAGUUCAAAAACAUUAUCAAGUUAUCACAAAGCAUAUUUGGCAUUAUCAAUGAGACCACCAACUAAUAAUGAUCAAGUUAAUCUUCGAUAA